ACACCAUCCUAGCCACCAUGGAUGUAGAGGCUCUCUACACAAACAUCCCACACACAGAUGGAAUACAAGCUGUCAGGAACACUAUCCCUGAUGAUGCCACAGCACAACUGGCUGCUGAGCUCUGUGCCUUUAUACUUACACACAACUAUUUCAAAUUUGAUGACAAUAUAUAUCUCCAGAUCAGUGGUACUGCUAUGGGCACCCGCAUGGCCCCACAAUAUGCCAAUAUCUUCAUGGCCGACCUGGAACAACGCUUCCUCAGCUCUCGUCCACUCACACCCCUUCUCUAUCUACGCUACAUUGAUGACAUCUUCAUCAUCUGGACCCAUGGGAAGGAGACUCUGGAAAAAUUCCACCAUGAUUUCAACAGCUUCCACCCCACCAUCAACCUCAGCCUGGACCAAUCUACACGGGAGGUCCACUUUCUUGACACCACGGUGCAAAUAAGUGAUGGUCACAUUAACACCACCCUAUAUCGAAAACCCACCGACCGCUAUGCCUACCUUCAUGCCUCCAGCUUCCAUCCCGGGCACAUCACACGAUCCAUUGUCUACAGCCAAGCACUGAGGUACAACCGCAUCUGCUCUAACCCCUCAGACAGAGACCAACACCUACAAAAUCUCCACCAAGCAUUCUCAAAACUACAAUACCCGCACGAGGAAAUAAGGAAACAGAUCAACAGAGCCAGACGUGUACCCAGAAGCCUCCUACUGCAAGACAAACCCAAGAGAGAAACCAACAGGACUCCACUGGCCAUCACAUACAGCCCUCAGCUAAAACCCCUCCAACGCAUCAUCAAGGAUCUACAACCCAUCCUGGAUAAUGAUCCCACACUUUCACAGGCCUUGGGUGGCAGGCCAAUCCUUGCCCACAGACAACCUGCCAACCUGAAACAUAUUCUCACCAGUAACUGCACAUCACACCAUAAUAACUCUAGCUCAGGAACCAAUCCAUGCAACAAACCUCGAUGCCAACUCUGCCCACAUAUCUACACCAGCGACACCAUCACAGGACCUAACCAGAUCAGCCACACCAUCACUGGUUCAUUCACCUGCACAUCCACCAAUGUAAUAUACGCCAUCAUAUGCCAGCAAUGCCCCUCUGCUAUGUACAUCGGCCAAACUGGACAGUCUCUACGGAAAAGGAUAAAUGGACACAAAUCAGACAUUAGGAAUGGCAAUAUACAAAAACCUGUAGGAGAGCACUUCAACCUCCCUGGCCACACUAUAGCAGACCUUAAGGUGGCCAUCCUGCAGCAAAAAAACUUCAGGACCAGACUUCAAAGAGAAACUGCUGAGCUUCAGUUCAUCUGCAAAUUUGACACCAUCAGCUCAGGAUUGAACAAAGACUGUGAAUGGCUUGCCAAUUACAGAACCAGUUUCUCCUCUCUUGGUUUUCACACCUCAACUGCUAGAACAGGGCCUCAUCCUCCCUGAUUGAACUGACCUCGUUAUCUCUAGCUUGCUUGCUAGCACACAUAUAUAUACCUGCCCCUGGAUAUUUCCAUUACAUGCAUCUGAGGAAGUGGGUAUUCACCCACGAAAGCUCAUGCUCCAAAACCUCUGUUAGUCUAUAAGGUGCCACAGGAUUCUUUGCUGCUUUUAUAGUUA